AUGUGCUGGAAUGUGAAAGGAACAACAGCUAUUGUUACCAGUGAAAAUACCUGUGAUGCUUGUUAUAAAGCAACCACACUAGAUUCUGGAAGCAUUAAUGGGAUUCUAAAACAAUCAAAAGCCCCUGUUUGGGCAACCCCUGCACUGACUGCAGCUGGAAGCUUUGUAGAGUUGAUUAGUGAAGUGGUACAGGGGAAUGUGCUCAAUGGUUUAGCUCUUUUACAGAUAUCUGAUCAUGCCAGUUCAGGUGAUCAGAUAAUUAGCAAUAACUACAUUAAUAAUUUAGCAGUUGGAACUCAGUAUGCUUUAGAUAAUGUUGGGCUACAAAGGGUGCUCAUUGUUAACUGGAAUGCUCAGAAUGGUUAUAAUACUCAGAAUCUUUUCUACAGUGAUCCAAGAGUCUUAAUGUUUUCUGUUAACCUCACUGAUGAUCGGAGUGCAACCAAAGAGUCAGUUGACAGACGAGGAGAGAACAAGGGCCUCGGUUAUACCUUUGAUUUAAGCCUUAACAGAGAUUCCCAGAGUAAGAACUUCACCCAAGGAGAUUAUCUCACAAUACUCCACCAAAUCAUCUUACCUGUGGCCUAUGAAUUUUGCCCAGAGCUGGUUCUCUUAGCAAUUGGGAAUGACUUAGUGCACCAAUCCCCAACAGUGUCUCCACUCAUUUAUUCUCAUAUAACUACAAUGUUGAUGCCUUUAGCUCAAGGCCAUUUAGCUGUGAUGUUAGAGGUUGGAAAUGCCAAGGAAAUAACCAAAGAUAUUGCUGCUGCCACAUUGUCAGCACUGCUAGACAAAGCAGUAGAACUUUUGCCAGUAAUUUAUGAAAACACAUCAGAAGUACAAGAUUCAGUUGUUAAUAUGAUAAACGUACAAGCAACAACCUGGAAGAGUUUAAAACAACAUGCUCAGGCCUCCUGUAUUAAUGCAAAGAAGCAGGCAAAUCAAAGCAUUACUAUUGAUGAUGAGACUCACCCUGAAAGGCCAGAGAGAAUUAGUUGCAUCUUCCAGCGGUUGCAAGAAUUUGGCAUUGUUGGCCGCUGCCACCAUGUGAAGGCAAGGUUAGCCUCAGCAGCAGAGUUAGAAACUGUCCACAGCCCUAAGCACAUCAAAUUUAUGUCAAGUUUACACAGCAAGAAGCCGAGAGAGUUGCAAGGAAUGCAGAACAGCUUUGAAUCCAUCUUCUUCCAUCGUCAGACAAAUAAUGCUGCUCUUUUGGCUUCAGGCUCUCUCCUGGAAGUAGUUGACAGCGUUCUAAGAGGUGAAAGCCGACGUGGACUCGCAGUUAUACGUCCUCCUGGCCACCAUGCAGAGAAGACUGAGCCAUGUGGUUUCUGCAUAUACAACAAUGUAGCCGUGGCUGCGAAACAUGCCAUUGGAGCUCAUGGUUUUGAAGUACUGAUCGUGGACUGGGAUGUGCAUCACGGCAACGGGAUACAGCAUAUGUUUGAAGAUGACCCACAAGUCCUUUAUGUCUCAAUCCACCGCUAUGAUAAUGGCAAGUUCUUCCCAGGCAGUCCUGAUGCCAACUACAAUAGGGCAGGCACCAAGAAAGGAAAAGGAUAUAAUGUUAAUAUCCCCUGGAAUAAGAGUGGUAUGGGUGACGGAGACUACAUGGCAGCCAUGGUAGAAGUAAUCCUACCAAUUGCGUAUCAGUUUAACCCCGAGCUGGUAUUGGUAUCUGCCGGUUUUGAUGCAGCUGUUGGAGACCCUUUAGGAGGCUGCAAAGUUUCCCCUGAAUGCUACGGCCACAUGACAAAAUUACUGUCAUGCCUUGCUGGCGGUCGAGUUAUUGUUGCUCUAGAAGGCGGUUACAACUUGAACACAAUCAGCUACUGUAUGACCAUGUGUGCAAAGGCUCUUUUAGGGGACCCUCUCAUCCCUCUCAGUCAGGGCCUUGCAGCAUGUUCAAGUGCCUGUGAGACUUUGAACAAUGUCGUGUCUGUACAUCAGAAGUUCUGGUCAGCAUUAGACUUGCAGAGCAAAGGAAUGGCAUCCAGUAAUCAGAAAUCUAAAAAGAUCACAAAGCCGUCUCCGUCUGUUGAUCUUACUGAUAGAAGUCCAGAGAUCCCAGAUAGAAAAACUGGUCUUGAUGAAUUAACGAGCACCCUCAGCCAAAUGAGUCUGGGCAAAGAAAGGGAAGGAGCCAAGUCUACGGAAGUUGUUGAGGUAAAAAUGGAGGAGGAGGAUGGAGCCGUAGGAGGCGCUUGUGCCACACAAGCGGAAGGCCUGAAUACGUUUUUACUAACGGAAGUUUCAGGAGCAGAGUCUAUGUAUGCAGUUGUUCCUUUGCAAUGGUGUCCACACUUAGAAUCAGUGCAGCCUGUACCAAAGAGUAGCUUGGAUGCCUUCAGUCCAUGUGAAGAGUGCAAAGACUUGUCAGAGAAUUGGGUGUGUCUCACCUGCUACAAGGUUUUGUGUGGACGAUUUGUAAAUGAGCAUAUGCUGAUGCAUGGUGUAAUGGAAGAACAUUACAUGGUGCUAAGUUACGCUGACUUGUCUGUUUGGUGCUAUUCAUGCGACUCCUAUAUCCAUCAUGAGAUCCUGCAGGAAGCAAAACGGGCAGCUCACAUUAGCAAAUUCGGAGAGGAUAUCCCAGGCUCAUUGUGAAAUUAUUCAUAUGUCAGACAGAGAAUGAACAUGAAAAGUUGAGAUGAAAAUCAAUAUUUUUUAAUAUCAUAUUAAGAGAAAACUAUAGUGAAAUUGUCGAAUAUUUAUUGUAUGCAACAUAAGUGAAGUGAAUAUUUAGUUACCAAAUACAGGAAUGGUACUUUGAACAGCCCGCCAUGUGCCAACAUUUCUUUAAAAUGAACGAUCAACAAAGCAUGUGUUGGAACAGCUGCUUUGAAAACUUACUAACCCAAAGCUUUACCUCAUUUUUAAUCAUGCUAAGAAUAUAAUGAUAAUACAAUAAUGAUAAUAGUAAUAUUGUUCAGUUUACUCCAGUACCAAAGGUCUUCAGUUUUGUAAGGAUGCCAAAGUAAUCUUUCUUUCUUUUUCUUUUUCUUUUUUUUUACACAACUCAUUUUUUUUAAUGGGCUUCUCUUCCUUAUUAUCCGUAAGCCUUUCUCUUAAAUACGCAAAGUAAUCCACAUUAAAACUACUUUUCUGCAAGGUUAAUCCACUUUCAAACUACUUAUCUUUCUAUAAUUUAGUUGCUCAUUCACAUGAACCUAACCAGUGUUGAACAUAUAAUAGAUUUUGGUAAUUAGGGCUAUGAACAUAAUUAUAGCAAAGUAUGUGUUCAAGAAUCAUAAUUAUUAGGUAGGUGUAAUUCACAAUACUUUUUAGUUCAAGUUUAGAUGUAAGAUGCUUCAUUACGUGAAUGUCCAAGGGUAUUUUCUUCUUUUUUCACAGAAGUGCCAGAUUAGGCUGUGUGACUUAAGCAGACAUAUAGUUCUUUAAGUAGAAGUUGGCCUCGUUUGGAAUGCUAAAUUGAAAUAAUUUUCCGUAUUUGUUGGUUGUAUUGUAGCUUUAAAUGUAUUUAAACAAAGUUUUAUUUUCUUGUAAUUACCAUUCAUAAAAAUUAUAUUCUAAUAUAUUGCAUAAGUUACUUGGUUAGAGGUGGCCUUGAUAAAGAUGUAAGGAAUUAGUUUGGAGUUUUAUAAAUUUUAUACUGUGAAAUUUAUAUUAGGUAAUGAAUGUAAAUGCUCAGAAUUUAUUUAUGUUUAUAAAAUACCGGGGUUUUCCUUAUAGCUUUAUAUAUAAAAUUGGUGUCCCACAAGCACAUAAACACAUACCUGGACACAUCUGCACCAAUGCAUGCACACACACACACACACACACAUGCAUGCAUACACACACACACACGCAUGCAU